ACACAAAGAAAUCGAACUGAACCGAACCGAGGACACAAACAAACCAAAUCAAAACCAUUUGCAGAUACUGAAAAGAGCAGUUUUGCGUCAUGAGUAUACUUUUGAAUUUAUCUAAUAAUAAUUUAGUUAUUCCUUUACUUUUGAACUUUUACUGUGGAAUAUCUUUUUAAAUAAUGUCAUGCAAAUAUGGUAAAAAAAAAAUGGACUAUGACCACUGUGCAACCCAUAAUAAGUCAGCUGCGUCACAUGACUGAUAACAGCUGUGUGAGACAAACAGACUUUGUGCUGAAGGAGGAAGUGCUGUGUGAAGGAGCCACAGUUUGUGCUGAGCUUUGUGUCUCUGUUGUAUUUGAAGGGACCUUUGGACAGACAGCUGUCAGUGUGCGCAGCUUCCCAUCAGGUGUGUGUCACCUCUCCACCAACUCUCCUCUUGUCGUUUCACAGGCGGAUACUUGAGCAUUUUGCGCCACCUUGUGAGUGAACACACGUCUGUCACAAGAUGGUGUCAAUACUUUGCACUCUCCAGCAGCACACAGACGAGGUCAGCUGCUGUGCCUUCUCCUCAUCCCUGCUCGCCACCGGCUCCGGUGAUAAAACCCUCCGUGUGUACAACACAGCUGACUUCACGGAGCUCCCCUUCUCUCCUCUCUCGGGCCACGGCUACGGGGUUCACUGCUGCUGCUUCAGCUCAUGUGGCAGCUACCUGCUCAGCUGCUCCACGGACGGAGCCACCAUCGUGUGGAACUCGGAAACAGGUGAGGUGACCGCGGUGCUGCAACACCCGGCCCGCAGCCCGCUCCGAGUGUGCGCCGUGGCGCCAGACUCCUCCCUGGUGCUGGCAGGGGCCUGCGAUGGCACCGUGGCCCUCUGGGACUUCCCCUCCAAGACAUUACGCAGAUGCAGUGCAGUGAGCGAGGCCAGUGUCGUGGCCUGCUGCUUCUCUCCCUGUGGCCAGAUGUUUGUUACUGGCUGCACCGGCGGAGACCUCAAACUGUGGGAUACGGACAUCAACCUGCUGCAUGCUGAGAAGGAUGCCCACGACUUGGGAGUCACCUGCUGCAGCUUUGCACCGCAGAUUAAAGUUGAUGGCUGCUGUGUGGAGUUUCGACUGGCCUCCUGCGGACAGGACAGCCAGCUGCAAAUACGGAUUGUCUCCCAGCGUGAAGGAGCAGCCUAUGCCAUGAAGCUGCUUCACACUCUCACCAGUCAGUCAGCUCCAGUUCUGUCUUGUGCCUUCUCCCUUGAUGGAGAGCUGGUCGUCUCAGGUUCGGUGGAUAAAAGUGUUGCAGUAUAUGAUGCGAACCUGGGAACCCUGCUGCACACGCUGAAACAUCACGACAGGUACGUGACUGCUGUUGCUCUGUCUCCCACCAUGCCGUGGAUUGCAACCGGCUCCAUGGACAGAACCGUGAACGUGUGGAGAAUGGGAGAUGGAGUUGGCACAACUGCAGCUGAAUCAAGGCAGACGUCGUGCCAAGGAAGGAAGUUGCGGGGUCACUCCAGGCUGCUGGUUGCUGAUUGGUCAGAGGAGGAUGUGCACACUUGGCUUUGUGAGGAAGGACUGCAGGAGCUCGUCAGCAUUUUUAAAGCCAAUGAUAUCGACGGAGCAGAGCUCAGCCAGCUGAACAAGGAAACGGUAGCAGAGCUGGGAAUUGAGUCUGUGGGCCUCCGUGGUCGUCUCCUGAGGAAGAUCGAGGCCUUGAAGGCAGAGCAGAGCGGUUCAGAGGCCCCAGAUGAGUUUCUGUGUCCAAUCACCAGAGAGCUGAUGAAGGAUCCAGUCAUUGCUGCAGAUGGGUAUUCCUAUGAGCGAGAAUCAAUUGAGAGCUGGAUCAGGGGCGACAACAAAACCAGCCCCAUGACAAAUCUGCUCCUCCAGACCACACUCCUCACCCCCAACAGAUCUCUGAAGAUGGCAAUAACACGAUGGAAGUCAAGCCAGUAGACAGCAGCUUGGCUCAGUUUGUUUGUCAGGAUCCAACUCAACAGGUACUUUACAACAACACAGGAGCUGCUCACCUGUUAACAAGUGCUCUUAUUAUCACUGGAGGUAAUCACUAUUUAAGAGACACCCCAAAAUCAAAAUUGCCUAUUUUGAUUUUGGGAGUGCUUGAAAUAUUGGCCUUAGAGAUGUCUGCCUUCUCUCUAAUAUAAUGGAACUAGAUGGCACUCAGCUUGUGGUGCUCAAAGCACCAAAAAAAUACAUUUGAAAAACUCAACAGCAAUGUCUCUUACAGAAAUCAUGACCUGGAUACUCAAGAUAAUCCACAGACCUUGUUGUGAGCAGUUUCAUCAAGGAGCUAUUUUCUUUCUGCCGAACUACACCCACUAAAUGUAUUGUUGCACAGAAGGAGGUGUGCAUCUACUCAUGGAUAAGAGUCUCGUACUCAUCACAGCACCACAUGUAAACAUUAAUGGCGUCCUUCUUGGCUGAGCUGUAACGUUAACUAGCUCAGUGGUGCUAGGUGAGCUAGCAGUUAGGUACACGCUUCCUUCUGCACAGUUACACAGUUGACGGGUGUAGUUGAGUAUGAAGAAAAUAGAUCUAUAUGAAACUGUUCACAACAAAGUCUGGAUUAUCCUGAGUAACCAGUCAUGAUUUCUGGAAAGAGACAUAACUGUUGAGUUUUUCAACUUUAUUUUUUGGGUGCUUUGAGCACCACAAGCUGACUGAUAAAUAGCACUACUGGUUAGAGAAACAGAAGAGAUCAGAGAAGUUAACGGAUAUUUACCCAGAAAAUGGUCCUCUUCUGCAAUAUAUUUACAUACCUGUUAAUUUCAAGACAUUGUAUCGUAUAUUUAAAGACGCUGUCACUUAAAGCAACACUAUGUAACUUUUGACUGUAGAAAUAUCACAUUUUUCUUCUCUUUGUUCAGCACACUCACUGUAGCUCAUAUCAGCUAAUGUUGUCACACUGAAGAUAGAAACUGAUGUGUAACUUACUUACGUAAGACUGUUCUCCACUUAAGCUGCUGUUAACUUAAAUUUUUGCAUCUACUGUUAUCCCAUAAUAUUCCCUUAUGGCCACAGCGGUGCUGCUGUUUAAUCAACAGUUACAUAAUCUCACCUUAUUUAUUGAGUUAAAGUGAGACAAUUUAACUUUUUAAAUAAGAAAUAUUACACAGUUUAUCUCUUAAAAAUGCUAAACUUAAAUUCAUGAGAAAUAGAGAAUGUAAAGUUGACAUCAGGUCAUGUUCAAUUCUAUGGACUGGGGCGGCAUCUUGUGAGGUACACGCUGUGGUCAAGCAACCCGAUUUGGACAAACUAAUCAUGUUAAACAACUUAGACGCAGGUGCACACAUGAUGUAAUUUUUGCCAAGUAGGUCGUGCUCCUGGAUCAACAUCCCACAUCAUGUUCCUGGGCCAACAUGGCAAUCAACCAAUCACAGCCCUCUGUCAAUAUGCUGCUCCUGUUCUUUCAAAAUCCCUUUGUGCUUCUCCAGAGCUAAGCUAGUUUUCGAAAUUGAAGUUGGCACAAUUAAAUAAAAUCCUCAGUAACAUUGAACAAAAACCUUAUUAGCUACUGCAUGGUUAGUGAGUUAGCUUGCUAACUAGGUAGGCUAUGCUAACAGGUACGUUUUUAAAAGGUUAUUAAAAAAAGGAGGGAGAAUGUGUUAAUCACAGGUAUUUGCAAUUGAAAAAUAUCCACACUCUUUGUUAGUGAACAAUAUUCUAGUCUAUUGGCAAGCUUGCUCAUUAGUAUGUAUGUGUAUGUAUGUAUAUAUAUAUAUAUAGAUAGAUAGAUAGAUAGAUAGAUAGAUAGAUAGAUAGAUAGAUAGAUAGCCUUCCUAGUUAGUAAGCUAACUUGCAAAUAUUCGAGCCUAAUAGCAAGCUUACUUGUUAGCAUAGCUGACUUACUUCGCAAGCUAACUCACUAACCCUGCAGCAGCUUUUAAGGUUUGUGUUUAAUUUUACGAACUUCAUUUUUGAAGCUUAGCUCUGAGGAAACAAAAAGGAAUUUUGAAAGAACAACAGGAGCAGCACACUGAUGUCAGAGGGCUGUGAUUGGUUGAUUGCAAUGUUGGCCCAGGGGCGUGAUGUGGGGUGUUGAUCCAAGAGCAUGUCCUACUUGCCAAAAUCACGUCGUGUGUAGGUGCACUAUCUCCACUCACAUACCGCACAUUGUAAACUAUCUCAUUUUUGGACUGAGUGCAUAUACUUACACACAACAGAUUGCGUACCUAACAAGAUGGUUCCCCCAGUCACACACACAGCCUGAUGUACUUUCACACUUUUUAUAAAACACAGCUCUACUCUUAAUAUAAACAUUAUCACCAGUAGUAAACAGUGGCUAAUGUUAGCUAACUAGAUAAUGCUCUGUAAUCUUGAGAAUCACUGUUCUCUUCUGUUGCUUGUAUCCCACAUGUAAGACAGAAAAAUAAACACACCGUACCUCACCAGAUAUGAAUGGAAAAUUUAAUAUCCUGUAAUUGCCAUUUGAAGCCACAGAGGCCGCUGUUCAGCAAAUCUUAGACUCACUUUGCUGAUAUAUAACACUACCUGGGGCUUUU